CCGCUGUGGUCCGCUGCGCUCCGCAGCUGAUGCGGCUCACCGCGUCGUGCGUCGUGCCUCUCGUGUUGUGUGUUUCGUUUAAAAUCUAGAAUAAAAUAAAACUGCAGCGAAAAAAAUGCAUCGAAAUUCAUCGAUAUUAUUCUUAAGUUUUUUUUGCUCGCAAUCUUGAUAUCGACGUCGUCUACGCGCGAUAAGAGUUCCGGACGGGACUGCCGAAAGAAGGAAGAAAGGAAGGAAGUUUGGCACUGAGGAUUUCUCGGAGUCGCGAGAGAACGCUAAACAAAUAAAUCCGCGGUGAGAUACAGUGCGCGAGAUCGCUCGCUGUCUCUCUUUCUCUCUCUCUCUCUCUCUCUUUCUCUGCGAGCAUCUGGACAAUGAGUCGUAAGGAGCGAAGGUAGACAAAGGGUCGCCGGACCGUUGAGCGUCCCGGCGCAGUUUAUAUUCGUUUAUGCUGCACCCGUGACUCCGAGACACCGAUUGCCAUGCGACUGUCGAGCAUACAAGACGCCCGGUCACGCUUAUGACGAGAGUUUGCUCAUCCGUAAGGUCAAUCUGGGGUUGUUGUCUAUCGCAAUUUGACAACGACGUUGCAUUUUCCUCCGCGAGUCUUGUCUCUCUCGCGUAUAUCCAGCGAGGGUGAUCCGUGAUGUUGGCGUGAUGCGCUUUAGCCUCGGGAUUCUUCAGGAUUUCCACAGGGAAGAUCCUUAUAGAGCGAGUUAUAAUAGGGUACACUAUAUAAAGCGGAUGCUUGGAGCGCAUAGAGCGACGAUCACAAAGUAUAGCCAUUAUGGAGGCAUUGCGUUUAGCUAUACAGACGCGGCUUGGGGAGAGGAUGGUCAGCAUGAGCUCCAUGCUCGUAGAGACAGUCAGUAUAAAUUAUGAAGAUUUUAAUGAGAGUUUUUUAACAUGCGGCACCUGUCUCUGUGUUUACGAUGGCAGUGAGCAUACACCUAAAUUAUUACCAUGUUCACACACGGUAUGUCUACAUUGUUUAACAAGGAUUGCUGCAUCCCAAACACGAGAGACAGGAGCAUUUAGAUGUCCCAUUUGUAGAGAAUUAAUAACAAUUCCUCGCGGAGGGGUACCUGCACUGCCCCCGAGCUUUCUCGUAAAUCAAUUGUUGGACCUUAUGUCUCGACAAAGACGAGAGGUCAUCCCAAAGUGUUCAGUUCAUAUAAAUCAGGAAUUAUUAUUUUGUGAAACAUGUGAUACAGUAUUCUGUACAGUAUGUACUAGUGGGACACACGCAGGAACGUCACCCGGAUGUACAGAACACACAAUCAUCCCUUUUAGUAUUGCAAUAAAAAGGAUGUCCGAAAUAUUGCUUUAUAAAGCUAAUGAGUGUAUAUCCAAGUUAACACAGGCACAAGACUCUGUAAGCACGGAACUGCAGCGUUUGGAGGCCUCCAAAGAAAGAUGUUUAAAUGCUGUAGAUACGGAAUUCGCAGAUAUCAUUGCGAAAAUAGAGAAACGGCGAACGGAAUUGCAAGCCACCGUAAACGCCGCUGCUCGUGACAAGAAGCAUGUGCUCGAAGAACAGCAUGCCCUCAUCGAGGCGGAGAAAAGCAAAGUGGAGAGAGAAUGCGAAGGAUUACAGUAUCAGGUCGAGGUCCGGAAUAUUACUCAACGUAUUAAUAGCCUAUCAGAUCAGCUCGACGCAGCGACCGCUCUUAGCGAACCCAAAGAAAAUGCUUUCAUCACGUUUGAGUUUAAUCAUAAUGAUGCUCUCUUUCAAUUGGAGCAGGCACUAAGCAACUUAGGACGAGUACGUUCUAGCACAACAUUGCCAGGUUUAUGUCGAGCUAGACUAAAAGACUUAGCGAUAGCAAAAUUACAAGCAACCGUCAUAGUUGAAACGGUGGAUUAUCACGGCCAUCCUCGAAAUGUUGGUGGUGAUCUUGUCAGUGCUGAGUUGACUCUCGCGGAUAAUAUACAUGCGGAAAAUCAGAGUGCUAUCGAGACGGAAGUAAAAGAUCUGGAGAAUGGAAUCUAUGAAAUUUAUUUUCGGCCACCGACCGCGAGUCGAUACGUUAUAAAGAUAUCUGUAUUCGAACGACCCAUAAAAGAUUAUCCGCUAUUUUUCGAUGCAACUGAACAUAAUGAAGCUAUUAAGAUAUAUGGAAGACGUGGUAAUGGAAAAGAUGAAUUUCAUCAGCCAGUCUCGGUCACAGUAGACGAAGAAGGAAUGAUCUAUAUUUUAGAUACUGGAAAUUCUCGUAUUAAGGUACUCAAUUGUGAGUUGGAAUUUCAAAGGCACAUAAAUAAUGAAGGCUUAGAGGGCCGUAGUUGUACGGGAAUAGAUAUUUCUCAACAAGGUCUCGUAGUUGUAAAUUGGCGGACGCGAAAGAUUACGGAAAUGACUUCGUUAGGUGAUACGAUCCAAUCCUUCUCGCAUAACGCAUUUCAAGAACCUAUAGACAUUGCAGUGGAUAAAAAUUACGGUCACAUACUUGUGGCUGACAACGGUCAAAGCUGUGUGUUCGUAUUUGAUUCAGAUGGCAAAAUACUAUUCCAGGUCGGUAAGAGAGGCACGUUUAAACUAAUCAGUUCUGUGACUGUCGGUCCUGCCGGUGAGAUUCUAGUUGCCGACAGCAGAAUUCAAGUAUUUUCCGCGAAGGGAGAUUUCUCCGAGGAAAUAUAUUCCGAAGGCAAAGGAAAAGGUAUCUAUGGAGGAAUAGCUGCGGAUGCGGACGGUAAAAUAGUUGGCACCCGUACAGACAAAGGUCGCAGUAUAAUACAAGUAAUGAAGCUAGGUGGAGGUAAUAUUUUAACCGAAAUUGACUCGCAUAGCUCGAAAUUGCGACGUCCGUCAGGCAUAGCCGUAUUACCGGAUAAUCACCUAGUGGUGGUGGACUUGGGCAAUGAUUGUAUAAAAAAGUACAGAUACUGGUAGAAAGUCGUCCAUUUGAGUAUCAAAAUUCACAAACCGCGAGCGGAAAGAAAGUUACGAAAAGAGAUACCAAAUGUCAGUUAGAAUUAUUCAUUCAGGUUUUUUUGUGAAACUUAUAGCUAUAACAUUGUGUAUUAUGACAAAAAAGGUAUGCCUAUGUUUUCAUAAAAAAAUUUUAUAUAUAAAUAAAUUACAGGAUAAAACGCGUGUGACGCAAAAUAAUAAUGUUGGAAAAGAAACAUGUAUUGCUAUGCAUAAUAUUUUAUAAUUUAUAUUUUGUCUUUAUUUAUAAAAUUUAAUUUUUUUUAUAUUUUAUGUUACUUUCUCUCUUGUGUUUCCUGCGCAAAUUCGGAAAUACAAAGUUUUCACUGUACAUAAAACAAAGUCAGUCGAAAUGCUCAGUACUUAUAUAUGUAUAUCUUUUAUAUUUUAUUAAAUUUUAAAUCUUUGCGAUUAAUAUUUGAUUAUUUGAGAAUGCGUAACAAUUCUGUUGUUACUGAGUAAUCUAGAUAUAUCCGCAGAUGAUGAUCCUCUCUUAGUUUUGUUAAAUUAAGCCUGAAAAUUGUUGUUCUAUAUAUUCUACAUUCUUGUUCAAACAUUUACAUAUGAUUGCAAUUGUAAUUGAAUGUACAUUAAACAUUAAAUAAGAAGUAAUAUACACAAAUAAUAAAUAGUCUAAUAGAGACUAUCUAAGAUAAUAUUGCAUUGAGACUUGGAGGCACACACACACAACAAUUCAUCUCUGAUAAAAUAUAUAAACCAAUUAAUUAAUAAAAAAAAAACAGAAUUGAAGAAAUAGAUCUCGUUUUAUUCUUGGUAAUUUUUUUUUUUAUAUGUUUACAAUGUGACUGACUUAAUACUUAAAAAAUUUUCGACAAUCUUAACAAUUUUUAGACUUGAUUUGUUUCAAUAAGAUCAGGUUCAUUAUCUACUGAUGUAUAAUAUUAUUAUAUAGAAGUUACACACACAUACACACUGCCGUUCCGUGUUAUUUUAUAUCGUCAAAAUUGAGAAUACGGAGUUGUAUCGUUAUAAAAAUUUUCACAUUACAUAAAAUUAAUCAGACAUGUAAAGAACCUGUUUAAAUGCCUUAAUGUUGAGGUUGUAAAAAUUUUCAUUAAAUAGCAAA